AUAUGAUUUGCUACCAAAACCUAACCUUAUCACUAACAGUCACGAGGAUGUAUCAUAUAGUAGACGUGUCACAUGUCAAUGAGUCCGCAGACAGACUUACUGUACCAAAACAAGAGUUUGGUUAUGCCAACGUGUCAAAAUCUGUGUCACAAACAACGUUUUCUGGGUUGUUUUCCAGGAUUUAAAUCGAGUCUAACCUAAAAACCGCUACCUGGACACUAAUCCUCACAGCCAAUGGAGUUUUUGAUCCAGCACACCUGGGAUAGCAAUCCUGUGAAUCACGACCCCAUCAGUAUCCUCUUCUCUCCUGACCAGGAGGGGAUGAAGAUAGAGGUGUGUGGUCCCUUCUUCAGUGACCCAGCAGCUCCUGCAGGGCAGCCCGGCCAGCCCUUCCCUGGACUCUGGGAUUAUGAAGUUGUGGAGUCCUUCUUCCUUGAUAGUACUACUGAAAAUUACCUAGAAGUGGAGCUUUGUCCACAUGGACAGCAUCUGAUACUGUUGCUGUCAGGAGUUCGCCAAACAUUCCUGCAACAACUCCGCCUGGUGUUUAAUGCCACGAUCACAGGGGACAGGUGGAGGGGUGAGGCUCUCCUCCCCUGGUCGUACUUCCCUCCCAAUGUCAACAAGAUGAACUCCUACGCCAUCCAUGGCUCAGGAGAGAAGCGCACAUAUGAGGCUCUCUACCCCAUCCCCAAGGAGGACAUUGUGGAAGGCCAAACACCCAACUUCCAUCGCCUGGAGUAUUUCCAAAGUUUCCGCCUGCAAAGCAUCAUGGGAGAAGGCUGGGUCCAGCCAGUGUCUGAUAUGUGGAAAGGAAAGCCCUGAACUUCUUCUCAAAAACACUUCCAUUUCUCUCUCUCUCUCUCUGUCUUGUGUACACACACUCUCCCACACAAACACACACUCACACACCACGGCGACUGGGCAAUAGUACAAACACUCAUUGACAGGGAACAAAGGGCAAUCAAUCUUUAUUAAUUAACGAUGUCAAACGAUAUGACAAGGAAUACGUUAUGAGCUUGUCAGAGCGUAUUAGCCUUCGUACACAUCUGGACCAGCACACAGUCACACACAUCACAGGGUGUUGGACGUCACCUUAAAUUGCCUUGGCAGAGUGUGACCUACUGUGGAUGGUGGCAACGAAUGCUCACUUUGACAUUCAGCUCCUGUGUAGAUUGAGUUUCACUUCAGUGAGGUGAACCACAGCAGGUUCUUGUGAUUCUUUGCCCUGACUGUUAAGACACACACACACACACACACACACACACACACAAACACACCACUGAAGUGAAAGAGAUACAUGCAAGAGCUUCUGAACUACUGCUGUACUGUACUGCAAUCAUUCCACUACCUAUAUGGACGUCCUUUCCAAUUAAAAUUGUUUACAUGUUGAUUACUUACUGCUGUUGAAGUGUAUUGUCAUUAUUUUUUAUCUGUGAUUGUUAAAUGUCACUUAAUUUGUAUUCUGAUGUGUGAUCAUGUUUCACUGUUAUGUCUGUUUAUUGAAGUAUUGGUUCAUCAUUUUGAGAAAUAUGCUUUUUAGCUUUCUUGCUGACAGCUAGAUGACAAGGUUAGAAGAAGCUCUCAAAACUGUUACUGAAGUAAAAAUACCAGUACAUCGAUGUAAAAAUCUGCAUUAUAUGUAAAAGUCCUUCAGUCAAAUCCCUACUGAAGUAAAAGUAUGGAAGAAUUGUCAACAACAUGUACUUAAAGUAUCAAACAUGAUUCUCAUUCAGCAGAAAAUAGACCCAUGACUGAUAUAUUAUGACAGUAUAUAUGACAUUAUGACUAAUAUCACUGUUACUGCUGAUGCACCUGUGUGUACACAUUGGUGCAUCAGUGCUGUCUCAUUUGUCCUCAGUGUGUCAGGCUCCAAAGCCUUUGUAGAGAGGAUUUUCUCUCUGAUGACCAUUAAACGGCCAGACUGAAGAAGCGGAGGCAGCGCAGAGCUGAUC